GGGAGCAGCGGUUGUGGCUGCAGCAGCAGGAUCUCAGCGCAGCCCUGCAGAGAGUGGUCCGGCAGCACGAGAAGAAGAUGACAGCCAUGGAGUGUGAGAGCCUCAGCGGCAUCUGCAGCCUGCGAGGAGGUGAGCAAGGCCGGGAAGAGGAAGAUGUGGGACUCUUGGGGAGGGAUGCAGAAUAGCAGCAUCAGUGGCAGGAUCAGCUGCUUCCUUCUCCAGUCCUGACACCGUGCACUGGUUUCCUUUGAGAAGCACCGCCCAGAACCCACUGUCACAUCUGGGGAGUUCCACAGAACGCACAGACGUGGGGAUUGAUGGCCAUGGGUGGAAUCCCCCUGAGCUUUCCUUUCUCCAGGCUGAGCAGCCCACUCUCUCUCAGCCUCUUGUCAUGGAAGAGGUGUUCCAGUCCCUUCACCAUCUUGGUAGCCCUCCAUUGGACUCUUUCCAGUAUGUUCAGCUGUCUCUUGUACUGGGAGCCCAGACCUGGACACUGUUCUCCAGAUGCAGCCUCACAGAGCAAAGGUAAUGGUGCAGAAUAAACCUGAUACAAGAGAAGUCAAGACUUGGGCUAUGAUAGGAGCACACUGCUUUAUGAUUGACAUGGAGAACUGGUAGGAAGAAGGCCUGAACACAGAUGCCAGGUGGUCCAGCUUUUGUUUCACUGGAAACCAGAUGCUUCAUGGGCAGCAAUAUAGAGAUAGGUUCUCCAUGUAGUUGUGCUCCUGUGGCUUCUUUCUGAUAUGCUUGGGAAGUCCCACUAGAAUAGACUGCUGGAUGAGACGGAAGCCUGAUACCACAUCACUUGUGUGGGUCGAGUUGUACUAUCUCUGUUUUCACAUCUUUUAUGUUUGGUGUUUUUUUCUUUUCAAUUCAACUCUAUGUGUGUAUUGGUGCAAGUCUGCCUUUGCUAAAUCCUUUUCUUGUGGCCUUAGACAACAAUCAAGAGAGUCUCAAGUUUCAGCACUGAGCAAGAGGCGCAGGCACUCAGGAAGGCCAUGAAGAGCUUUGAUAAGUUGAUCCUCCUCCACAGGAUUUGAUUGAUGACUUGAAGUCAGAGCUGAGGGGAAUUUUGAGAGAGCGAUCAUUGGCCUGAUGACUCCCACCACCAUGUAUGACAUGCACGAACUAAGGAGGGCUGUGAAGAAUCUGACUGCUCCCUUAAUGAUGACGUUGUAUCUACACAUCUUCCAUGUUUUGAAGAGUCCUCGUGUCCCUCACAACGCAAAGUGCGUGCGAAACGAGCCUACGUGCUCUGCUGAAAGACUCUGUAAAUCCAUGAAGGGCCUGGGAACAGAUGACAGCAGUCUGAUCGGAGUGAUAGUACCAUGCUCUGAAAUUGAUGUGCUGGAUAUCAGAAGAGAAUUCCUGACCACGUAUGGGAAGUCUCUCUACUCCUUCAUGAAGAUGGCGUCAGCAGGACCUGUUGUGCAUGAGCUCCCAUCUCUGGGGAACUCACCGGUUUGGCUGGAGGGGAAGAGGCAGGAGCUGAACGUGAAAACUACUCAGCUGUCGGCCAGGAAUGACCUCAUUCUCGAAUCAGUGUUUGAUGUUCUCCAAGAGAAUGAGAUCCACGGAUUGAAGAGAGAGGUGCCACUGUUGAUGCAGAGAGGACAUCUAAGAGUUACGGUGGGAAAGGCUGGAAGAACUGCUGGCUUUCUCCACUCUUUUCCACCGCAAAGCCUCCCGAGAUGCUCUUGCAGCCCGAUAUUUCUCCUGGCAACUGCUGGGCUUUCUUGGGGCCAUGUGGUCAUCCGGCUGUUGGAGAAAAUCUGGCCCACAGCUUUCACUGUCUGGCAUAUCUCCAAGAAGGUCUCUCCCUCUAGGGAAGUCAGCAGUGCCCCCAAAGAGUUUGCUGUCUUGCUUGCUUAAGUGUGACCACCGUCAUCUCUUGUCUCUGAGGAAGUGGAUGAGGACAAAGGUGAAACUCUCCUGUGGUUAUUCAUUUACGACGUGGACAGAGAGAUCACCCAGACCUUCCACAUGCAGCAGGAGGAGCCCUGCAAAGCCUUCGGCCGUGUCAAACUGGAGGUGCGGAGCAACGGGGGAAACGCAGAACGCACCUGCCUGUACCGAGUGGAAAUUCACGACAACUCGUAAAAGACAGCAGAGAUUUUUAGAAGGGAAUAAUUAAAAUAAAAUGUUGAUUACUUUC